UGCUAAGAGAGAGCAGAGGAAGCCGAGACUGUAGCGCAGUUGCCUGUUGACAUGUGUUAGUGUUGCCGCCUCCGCGAGUCUGCCUGAUAGGAGGGGCUGCUCUAUCACCUCUCCUACCUGCAGCCACCGCCGCUCAGUCAUGAUGGAGCUGAGCCGGGAGUCGGUUAUCUGCUUCCUGCAAGAGCGGGGCGGACGGGUCGCUAAUCAGCAUUUGCUGGAGCACUUCAGGGGCCUGCUGACCGAGCCGCCCCCCGGGGAGCCACGUACUGCUAUUCGCCAGCGCUUUAAGGAUAUCGUCAACGAUGUGGCCACUGUGCAUCCCGAGGACGGGGUUAGGUACGUGUGUCUGAGGAAGAAGUACCGGACUGGGAGCGCUCCGAGCCCAGGAGAGCAGCAGCCUGGAGCUCCAGUACCGCCAAGCUCGGAGCACGCCGAUGAGAAGAGCGGGGAACCUGAGACCGAGAGCCUGUCUCCUUCCCCUGUGCAAUCCCCCGGCCUCGAGCCGCCUCCCAGCAUCUCCGUGACCGAGCCUACCCAGGAAUCCCCGGAGCUGCCCGUACAGGAUACCGGCAGCCAGUCAGUCAGACUGUGUCCGGGAUCCCCGGAGGUCUGUCGGGGUAGUGGGAGGACCCCCCGGGGCAGUCGUAGGUCUAACCGAGACCCGGUGUCCCCACAACUCCGCCGCGGUGGCGGGCUGCUCCGGACCCGGGAUUCAGACAGUUCGUCUCUUCACAGCUCUUCCUCCGUGUCCGGUAAUGAGGACGACGAUAACGCCAGCGGGACAGGCUCGGUGUCCGGCCCGGCAGCCCUGGAUCCCCUGGAACAUGCCUGGAUGCUGAGCUCCUGCCAGGCCCGCUGGGAAAGCUUGCAGGAGUUGCUGAGUACCGAACCCGGGCUCAUCUCCCGGCGGGACUUCAUCACCGGUUUCUCCUGCCUGCACUGGGCCGCCAAGCACGGACAGCACGAGCUCUUGGCAGCCCUGUUAACCCACGCCCGCAAGCACCGGGUACCUGUCAACAUCAAUGCCCGGGCGGCAGGAGGCUACACCGCACUGCACCUGGCUGCCAUGCACGGCCACCUGGAGGUUAUUAAACUGCUGGUCGGGGCGUACGAUGCAGAGGUGGAUAUCCGGGACUACAGCGGCAGGAAAGCCUGGCAGUACCUGAGCACCGAUACUGCCCGCGACAUCCAGGGGCUGGUGGGUGCCCAGCCUGGCGAGGAAGAAGAGGAGGAUGGAGGCAGCACCACUGGCCGCUGGCGGUUCUCCAAGGUGCUGCCCACCCAGCUCAUAGUGCACCGGCUCUCCCAGCUACCGGAGGAAGAGCACGACGGGCCAUCGCUGGGACGCAGCCGGGCGGACAUUAGCAGGAAAGGAUCUGGGGGGAGAGCGAAGCCCCGAAUGAACAAAAUACGAUUUCGUACACAGAUCAUCCACACCAACCUUUCUGCAAAGGACCCGGAGGAGGAGGAUGAUCGGCCACUCAAAAGCCCCAUGAGGCACCGUCCAAAGUCCAACGUGUUUGGGUGACCGCUGCAGUGACUUAUCCAAGACUGUGAAUGGGGCAAAGGGCUGAGCCCGGGUGCCCACUACACAAUGGUACAUGAUCUAUGGUUUGUGAUCUCUUCCUGGGUCAACAAAAUGUGUGCGCCUGCCUCUCAAAUCCAACUGGAGUAUAUAGCACCAAACACCACUUCAAACCCAGCAAGGAAGGUGGGAUGACUCUUCUCUGAUCGGUACUACUUUCACCCCAGUGCUCUGCCGUGACUAUACCAAUGGACGUCUUAUAACAUCCUUACUCAUUUGCUAUGUAGCCAGAUUACCCUAUAACACACCAAGGCACAAUGUCUGCUACUGGUCCCUCUGCAGAGGAUGAAAGCCCUGCCAAAAUGUUCCCUGGCUAGUAUUCCCCUCACUCUAUGAGAGCUUGUGGCAUUUAAUUGUGUUUUUACACACAAAGCACUACUUUAGUGGAUGACUAUUCUAGUGUCCAGAGGUGAAAUGAUACAUAGGUAUUCUUAAGUGUAUAUGUUUACUAGCACCUGGGAGGAAGCUUUCCCUGGAAGUAGGUACAUGUGUUAAGUUGUUGUGCCUUUUUAACUUUAAUGUUAUACACAACUUUCCCACUAAUACAUGCAAUGUGUUGGAUUUUUUAAAAACUAUGUGUGAAACAGGGAGUUUACUUAUUUUGCAUAACAACCUGCGAUAGCUCUAAGCUGCUAAAAUGGGCCAAGAUACGCUUUAUUGUAAGAAAAUAACUAAUAUUUUGUGGGGGUGGUAUGUAAAUAGCAAUAAGAGUUCUAACAGCACCUUUUAUUCUGUGUACUGGAAAGUGGCAUUUUUGAAUAAUUAUUAACCGUACCAAACAAUAUACAAGGACAACAAAAUGAGGAAGGUCAAAGAUUGUUUUGGCUUCAAAACGCUUAGUGUCGUCCUGUGAUGUAGUCAUUCUGGUUAAGUAUGGUUAUUCUACACGCCAAUGUUCUUGCUUUUUGUUUCCUCCAUGUAUAUACACUAAAUAAGUUGUUGUAUAUGUGCCUACCGCAUAUAAUUAGUUGGUGAUGUGGGCUGAGAAAGAAACUCCCAAAGAUUUGGGUGUUUGGAGGAAUUAAUGGAAAAUAGCACUUAACGAUGUUCCAAAUGCUGCGUAAAUUAUAUAUGCAGCAUGAUGAUUAUAUACAGAGAGCAAGACUUACUUGUUCAUGACUGGCUAUUAGUGUUACAAGAAAACUAAAAUAAAGCUAAAAUGUCAAACACUUCUACGUUUUCCUAUCUCAUAGACUCUUCAGUUUUCUUUGGUAAAGAGAGGAUUUUGUAUUUGGUUUUAGGGGUCUUAAUCCUGUUAACUUGCUUUUUUUUCAUAAAAAUAUUGGUUCCAAUAUACUGUGUUUUCCAAAGCA